AAAAAAAAAAACACCAAAAAAGGGUCCAGCUGCUGGCCUAAUCCUUUGGAGAGCAGCAGUUGUGGCCACUUUAUGGGUGAUUUGGAUCGAAAGAAACUCUAGAACCUCUGAAGGAAAAUAAUACAGCCUAUGUAUUAAAGGAUUGCAUCAACGCUUUGUAUCUUUUGGCAACGAACAGGAAUUCAAACACCAGGCAACCACAAAUUUCCUCCUCAACUGGCAGCCCUUGCAAGAAAUCACACCUACUCAAAUCCCUAGGUCUUCAAUAUGGAAUUCCCUAGAUCAAGGCCACAUUAAGCUCAACUUUGAUGGUUUCCCUCUUGGUAACCCAGGUCCGGCGGGCUAUCGUGGCCAUUUCAAAGAUUAGGAAUGAAGGGCCCUACUGUCUUGUUCGGGGUCUGUUGUCCACAUUGAAUCCACAACAGCCAAGGCAUGCCCUUAUGGAGGGCAUCAAAAGAUUUAAAUCCAGAAUGGACAACCCAUGUAGUAGUCGAGGGCGACUCUCAAGAAGUCAUUCCAGCAUCACGAGCAUCAAACUGCCCAUGGCGACUAAAGCAUAAUUUUGACCAAAUUUUGAUUUAUGCAGGCCAGUACACAUCUCAUAGCAGCAUACAUGGUGCGAGGCAAACCAUGAAGCUCAUAGCGUUGUGAAACACAGAGCCAACUCUGGAAAUGACGACCAUUUUGGCAACUUUUUGAGCUGCAGUCCUGUAUUUUUUGUGUUCAUACUAUUGUAAUGGGUUAUCCAACCACUUUUUUGUAUAGAGUGCUAAAGAUAUCUCAUUUUGAAACGUAUAGGUCACCCAACCAGGGGGAUGCCAUUACUCUUGUUACUCUUCUUACUUUUAAAUAUUAUCGUUAACUUUAUUUAAAAAGCACCAUCUCUGACCAUUGCCUGCAAUAAACCUCUGAUAUUACUGCAAUAAACCUCUGACACUCUUUAAUAUCCUCAAUGUGCAUUUAUAUUUAUAGCACUUUAAGCCUCCAAGAGGUUUAUCAUUCCCUUUUUCUGUGAUAUAUUUGCUCUCUCUUUGUUAGUGGCACAGUGCAAAAAUGAGGUGGCAUGAAAUGCAGCAGGAGGGGUAUAAGUAUUGUGUGGGCAGCUUUCCAAGCCUCUAUGAAGGGUAUCUGCAAAGAGGGAAUAAUUGAGUGUUUCAUGAUAAAUGUUGGAUAUAGAGAUAUGAUAAACAUUGUUGGGCAAUAAACUACCUUUUGCCUCUUUUUAGGUUUAAAAUUUCCGACAAGGAGUUUAGGGCUCUACUCUUAUUGAAUUCAACUCCAUCAACAUGAUCAAAUGGCUCAAAAGAUAUUCUCCGCCGCCUGGAAAAUGAGUUUGAUUUCAUGAAAUUGAAGAUCUUUAAUAUAAUUUAUGGUUUAGGUGUUGUUUGUCUUAACAGCAGCUAAUUCAUGGCCAUUUGACUGGAAUGGCUAUAGAGAUAAAUCUUGUACUCCUGCUUAUAAAUAAAAUUUAAAUGGAUCAAUUUUUAUUCAACAAUUCAAUAAAACAUUUUAUUUUAUUUCAAUAAUGCAUCCAUCACUUCUCAGAUUUUUCCUUGGCUCAAAUAAAGUUAUGCAAAUUGCCUUGGGACGAACUGCUGCGGAUGAAGUUAAAGAAGGCAUUCAUGAAGUUUCCAAGUUUCUUCAAGGAAACACUGGCCUUGUUUGUACUAAUCUUCCUAAAGACAAAGUCCAGAGCUUGUUUGAGGCCUAUGAAGAACAUGACUUUGCUAGGACGGGUUCUGUUGCAAAAGAAACGGUAAUGAGCUUAAAUUAUCCUUGUUUGACUCUGGAUAAAAAAAAUUCUUAUUCCAUUGUGCUUUACAGGAUCACUAGAUUGAAAUUUUUAUGAGCAGAAUCCUUGAAUGUAUUUAUUUUUAU